AUGGCGUACGGCGACGACGACGAAUACGACCGCGCGGCGGGCGCGGGCGUGCCCAUGGGGUCCUGGACCACGGGGUGCUGCGCGUGCGCGGACGACUGCGCUGGAGCGCUGUGCGCGUGCAUGUGUCCGUGCGUGGUGGUGGGGCGCAUUGCCGAGGUCGUCACCGACGGCUACACCGACGCGUGUGUGGCGGCGUGUCUCUUCUGCUGCAUGCAGCUCUGCUCCAUGGGCGCGCUCGGCUGCUGCUACUCGCACUGUGAGCGCGCUGGGACACUGGGCAUGGGGUGUAUGGGGUGUAUGGGGAAUGGAUGGGGAAUGGAUGGGGACGAGUGGAAUGUGUUCCGAGCGCGCCUGCGCCACAACUACAUGCUGCCAGCGGAGCCGUGUCCCGACUGCUGCAAAUCUCAAACAACUCCUCUCACCUUCCCCUCCCCCUCCCAUCCCCUCCCCGCCCCUCCCCCCAUGUCCCCACCCAUCUCCCCCCUUCCGAGCACGCCAGUGUUCCGAGCGCGCCUGCGCCACAACUACAUGCUGCCAGCGGAGCCGUGCCUUCAUCUCCCCCUCCCCUCUUUCCCCCCGCCCAUCUCCCCCCUCUCCAUGCGCCCUGCAGUGUUCCGCGCGCGCCUGCGCCACAACUACAUGCUGCCAGCGGAGCCGUGCCCCGACUGCUGCGUGCACGCGCUCUGCCUCUGCUGCGCGCUCGCCCAGGAGCACCGCGAGCUGCGCAACCGCGGCUGGGACCCCCGCCUAGGUGCGCGCACACGCAUAGAUGCACGCGCACACAGCGCAGGGCUCACGAGUACGGGGUUGGGACUGGAAGCCACGGGGAUGGCAGUGACUCAGGUGAUGCGCGGGGCUCACGAGUAG